UUUGAGGCAACGCUGGAGGAUCUUCUGCUCGGCAUCUGGCCCACCGAUGACCGACCUCCAACGCCCAGCCGGCCAGUUCCAGUCUGCCAAGUCAGCGUCUCUGAGGCGUCAAGGCUGCCUGCACGGACCGUCGACUACUCGACCUCAACAACCGGCGCUCUAGGCCUUAGACUCUGCGACCUGAGGCCUAGUAUCGCAGGUGGAGGAUACGAGUCGUCGGGCAGCGGUACAUCGUACAUAGCCCUUUCGGAUUCUGCCGUUUUAGGCCCUCCUCACUCGGGCAAUCAAGCCUCUUCCAUUUCAUCGCCCGACUCACUUUCUUCGUUUCCAUGUCAACCUGCCAGUGUUCUUGUUGACGACGAACAAGCGGCAGAAAUGGGCGAGAAGACCGAGUCUCCAGACGGCCUAGGCUACAGCGUCAAAGUGGAGUCGUCACAGAAUGCUAUCGGUCCUUGUGAGGCCAGUGGUCAGUUGGAGGAAAGUCUGAAAUGGUCUCUGUCAGCUUCGGCUGCUGCUGAGAAGAGUGGAGGUGUCACGGCCACCUACAGUACCGUUGAUCGGGCCGCAGGUCUUCCUCACUCAACUGGGCUACAACGGCAUGACGACCGAUCGGCGGAAUCGGAUCGUCGACAGUUGAACGUUGCGGCCGAUUGGGCAGACUCUGCCCAGGCAACUGAGUGGAAGUCGUUCGUGAUGAGCCAGAUCGCGGAAGCAGAGUUGGAGGGUGAGGGAAAUACAGAGGCUGAGUAUGAGCUGUCCAGUGUUGAGGCGCUCUCGGCAACCACCUCGACCUCUUCCAGCUUCAAUUUGGUUGUGACGAUGAUACCCUGCUCUUGCGACGGACGAAAGCUUAACACCUUUUACCGGAAUCGAAAGAGAUUGCCUCGGAAACAGUGUCAGCAUGAAUGUUCCAGUAAAGCCAAUCGACAGAUGGUCAAGAGGAAUCCGUCGUCGUCUUCUGGUGGAAUUGACCUUCGAAUAUCUUCAACCAACACUUCCAGUCGAAAUGGAAGUAAUCUCAACAAUUAG